AGAAUUUUCUUCCCCUCAAACUCAAUUCAACGCAAUGAACUCAAAACCAAAACCUAAAAAAGACGCACCGGUCAGGGCUUUUGGACAGCGAUCAAUUACUUCAACCUUUCGCACUCUUCCACCUAAUUCAAAUCAACCUUCGACCAAGACCGAGUCUCCUCGUUUAUUGCUUUCACACUUCCUCGACCGCAAACUGCAUAAAUCUUCCCCAAUUACUCAUAAAGUUCCGGGUAAAUCCACACCUUUUGCAUCUCCUCUGGGUUUGAGGGUACCGACAAGGGAUGAGGUUGGAAAUGUCAAACAAAUUGAAGAAGAGAGAAAGGGUGCAACCACAGAUGAUAAGGUGAUUUUGGAAAUGUUUAAGCAUACUGAAGAAGAUGGAAAAAACGAUUUUGUUAUUCCAGUGGAUGUUGAUGAGUUAGAGAAUUCAGUGGCAGAUGAUGUUCAAGAAUCAAAGAAAAGGAAAAAUCCAUUUGAAGGUAGACAUGAGAACCAAACUGUUCGAAAGCAUGUGGUAGUUCUUGGAGGUGAAUCAAGGUUGAAGCCAAAAAAGCGGACGGAAAAUGACUCCAAUGGCAUAAAGCAAAAACCUUAUAAUCACUAUGCAAAUGGUCGCGGCUGGUGGGACUACGACAUGGAAGGUGUUGAUAAUGAGGAAUUGGGGGCCAGUGAAGCGUGGGAAGGGGUGGGAUCCACCACACUCGGAGGUAUAGUAGAUUGGCAUUGAUGUUGAUAUUGUAUAUGUUCGUAUCUGACAAACGUUUGUAAUGUGGCUUAGCUUAAGCUUUGAAAUCAAUACAUUCAUAAACUCAUUUGUUCCGUGUAGACGAGAGUUCCUCAAAGUGUAAACAUUCUUAAUUCACUUUGAUCUAUUUUAUUCGCUUCAAAUCA